AUGCACGAGGAUGACUGGAGAUGGCACAUGUACGAUACAGUCAAAGGAUCAGAUUGGCUUGGAGAUCAAGAUGCAAUCCAUUAUAUGUGCCGCGAAGCCCCAAGAGCUGUGCGAGAACUCGAAGAAUACGGAAUGCCGUUCAGCCGCACCGAACAGGGCACAAUUUAUCAACGACCCCUGGGAGGACAAAGCCUGAAUUUUGGGACUGGAGGUCAGGCACAUCGGACAGCGUGUGUGGCUGAUAGAACCGGCCAUUCUAUGCUGCAUACAUUGUAUGGCCAGGCCCUCAAGCACAACUGCCAAUUUCAUAUUGAGUGGUUUGCACUUGAUCUUAUGAUGAACGGCAAGGACUGUAUCGGACUGACAGCGCUUGACAUGGAAACGGGGACUUUCCAUCGCGUUUUUGCCAGGAACACGAUUCUCGCCACGGGAGGCUAUGGCCGCUGUUACUUUAGUGCAACUUCAGCACAUACCUCCACCGGAGAUGGCCUAGCAAUGGCUGCAAGAGCAGGUCUUCCUCUGCAGGAUAUGGAAUUUGUACAGUUUCACCCCAGCGGCAUUUAUGGCGCUGGGGUGCUGAUUUCGGAAGGUGCCAGAGGAGAAGGGGGCUAUCUGCUUAACGGCGAGGGAGAGCGCUUCAUGGAACGUUAUGCUCCAACAGCCAAAGACUUGGCAAGUCGCGAUGUCGUCAGUCGGAGUAUGAACAUGGAGAUCAGGGAGGGACGCGGAUGUGGUCCAGACAAGGACCAUAUAUUCCUCCAGCUGUCGCACCUGCCAAAAGAGAUACUUAUGGAAAGGCUGCCGGGAAUUGCUGAGACUGCCAGUAUCUUCUCAGGUGUGGAUGUCACGAAGCAGCCGAUCCCUGUUCUACCAACAGUACACUACUGUAUGGGGGGAAUACCUACAAACUGGAAGGGCCAAGUGUUAGACGUCGAUCCAAGCACCGGAGAAGAGACGGUUGUGAAAGGGCUGUAUGCUGCCGGAGAGGUUGCUUGUGUCUCUGUACACGGUGCCAACCGCCUGGGAGCAAACAGCUUGUUAGAUAUUGUUGUUUUUGGUCGAGCAGCUGCCGGGCACAUCGCUGAAAACAAUGAGAAAGGAAUGCCGCUCUUUAGAAAUGGAGGUAGUGUCUCGCCAGAGACUGGAGUCGAGGGUUUCGUGGACCUGGAACACCUUCGAAAUGCGGAUGGAAAGAGACCGACGUCCGAACUCCGGGCAGAAAUGCAAAAAAACAUGCAGAACGAUAUAGCCGUCUUUCGAACCGAGGAGAGUUUGACGGCGGGCCUGAGAAAUCUCCAACAAGUGGAACAGGACUUCAAUGCAGACGUGUGCGUGAAAGACAGGAGUUUGAUCUGGAACUCCGAUCUAGUGGAAACAUUGGAGCUCCGCAACCUUCUGACAUGUGCUGCACAAACGGCCAAGAGUGCCCUUGAGAGAAAAGAGUCACGCGGCUCUCAUGCUCGCGAGGAUUUCCCAGAAAGAGACGAUCAGAAGUUCAUGCGCCAUUCCUUGAGCUGGCAGAAGGACGUGGGCGAAGACAUUGCCAUUGGCUACCGCGAUGUGAUCUUUUCCACGCUUGAUGAGAAGGAAUGCCAGACUGUGCCGCCGAAGAAGAGAUCAUAUUGA